UUUGUAGUUAGUUUUAGUUGUUUUUUUUUGUUGUUUUUACUUUUGUGACCAUUGCAAUGAAAAAUCCGGUGACCAUCAAGAUGGAGCCAGCGGUGGCGGCGCCCGCGGGCAAGCUCUUGGAACAGGUGAAGCCCUGGGAGGUGUUCGACUGGCCGGAGGAGCAGCGACGGAACAUCCACCGUAGCUGGGGCAGUGUCUUUGCCAAUGCACGGAUGAACGCGGCCGCACAGAAGUACUUCGACAAGUGCAUCGAGGACCACCAUGGGCACGACUGCAGGACCCUGCAGCUGAGGAGCAAGUUCAAUCGGUCUGUGGCACGGCCCGAGGCGGCCCUGGAGGACAGCACAAGGGCGGCCCAGGUGCUGGGGCCGGGCGAUGUGCACUCGCAGCGGGAGAUGGCGGAUGCCCUGUACGACCUCAAUCGCUUUGAGUCGAACAAGAUGUUGCUCAGCGACAACGUGCGCCGCCAUGUGGGCACCUCCGUGGAGCCGUUCGAGAAGCGCCUGAUGGUUGUCAACGAGAACUUCAAGGACAGCAUGGGCCACACCCUGGGAAAUUUCUUCAUGGAGAAUUCGAGCAGCCUGGGGUCCUUCUAUGAGCUGAAGCGGCGCGAGCUGUUGCCGCCGGACAAGCGGCCGCACUGGAAGAUCCUCAGGGAAUCGAACCAGUGCGAUGUCCAGAGCGUUCAGGAGGAGGAGAAGGAGAACCUCUCGCCCCUGGAGCAUGCCCGGCGCAGUCGCAAGACAAAAAUCUUUUACCAGAACUAUUUGAAUCGCGCCUGGACCGACUUCAUCUUUCUCAAGACGCUUCGCCAGAACCCCAAUCUCCUGCUCGACCAUUACUUCGGCACAUCGGAGGAGCGGAGAAAGUACCUGGACAACUCGUUCCAGCGCAUAAAGACCUUCACCCGGAUGCUGCACUCCCGCAGUCCGAUGUACAACGAGAUGCGUCGCGGGCACAACUUGUCGCAGCGCUUCCGCGAGGAGAACCUGUUCCGCAUCCAGUACCAGACCCACCGGAACAUGCACAGCAUACUUCAGACGAUCCGCGUUCUAAAGCAGCACGACGAUCCGGACCGCCUGCGGAAGUUCGUGGAGGAUGUGAUGGCCAACUAUGUGACCGUCAAAACGAACCGCGUGAUGCCUUGGAAGGUGGAGUUCACGAACGAGGUGUACAACCAUUUGGCCCUGAGCCUGUGCGAGAGCUAUCGCCUGCCGACCACACGGGUCACGCCGUAUGACAAGAACUCCAUGUGCCUGAUGCUGAACAUACAGGCGAUCAAGCCGCUCGAACGGUCCGUCUAUGUGUUCGGGGAUCGUUCCACGUACUCCUAUCCACUGCAUGACAGACCGAAGUCGCCCCUAAACCUGCAGCACCUGGAGCAGCGUCUGUUCUUCGCCAAGCUGCCCAUUGAGCGCACCUAUUUGCUGCACGAGAUGGCCGACUAUCAUGUGCAGCAGAAUCAUUUCGUGCAAUGCCUGUCGUAUGCCCAGCAGGCCAUCGAGGAGUCCAAGCGGUGCAACAGCAAAAUCUGGCAGUUCCUCAGCACGAUGCUGAUGGCCAAGUCGCACGCGGUUCUGCACAAGUACGAGCGCCAAACGGAGGUCCUCAACGAAGCCUACAUGCUGGCCGCGGAGCUGCAGAACCCGCGGCUCUGCACCUUCGUCGAGCUGUGCCGCAUGCUCAACAAGGACUACAUCACCCUGCGCAAGAUGUCGCAGCUGGUGGCCAGCAAACGUAUACGCUCCAGGCAGGACAAUCGCUCGAGCGUCAUCAGCUCGCCACAGAUCUCGUCCACCAACCUAUCGCUGUCCCAUCCCACCGAGCACGAAAACAAGGCCUCGAGGGACUCCAGUAGGAAUAUGCUCAGCUCUGUUGAUCCAGGGGCUCAAAAGCCAGGUACUGAUCUGUUUUCAGUAAAUGGCAUUUGACCCCCUGGCUUCGGCUGAGCGAGACGCAAGCCUGGGAGCCCCCUUUAGCCCACAGCUCGGCAAAGCCUUGGAAUUGGAAAUUUCUGCCAACAAAAACCAAAAUUGUUUUAAAAAAAAACACCAUAAAAUGUAACAAAAUCGUAUCAAUAAAAAUAU